UCCGGUCCGCAAGCCCUUCCUAGCCUUCAGGUCCCGGUUCCUUCCAAACUCCGAAUUCUGUGUUCUUUCCGAGCCCUCCCGCGGAGGGAGGGGCUGUGGGUGACGCCAUGACCCAGGAGCUGACCCGCGCGCGCAAGGACCACAUCCAUCCAGAUUAUAUGACGAUUUAGACAUGGGAAGACUGCGAGGAAAUAGUCAACCGGAUGACGUAAUGUUUGGGGUGGCGUCGCAUUCUGUGAUUUCUGCACGGCAUCACUGACAUUGGGGCUUAGUUUGAAAAAGCGCAAACGGAUCGACCCUUCUAGGUUCCGCUCCGACUCGAAGAGGUUCUGCUGCAAGUGCCCACCACGCUGAGGCUGUUCUUUAUAUUUGCAUAAGGGAACAGCAGCUCAAGCUUCCAGCGGCCAAUAGGGAGUGAGGGGGCGGAGACGCACCUGGGAUAGUCACCCCUCCAGUGGGAAAGCCCGGAGGCAGGCUGGCUGCUCUCUAAGCGACAGUGACGGAGGCCAAUCGUUUUUGAGAUGUGCAGAUGGGGCAGGUGGACCUCGGCGCAGCCAAUGAGGAGCGGCAUCUUGAGGGGGCCUAGGCCCCGUGCCCAAUGAGGACAAGAGGACCGUGCGGGGCCAGCUCCGAGCGGCAGUACCUAAGGCCAACCCCGCGCGGGGCUGGGAGGGGCGCAGCGCUGAACGACGGGGGUGCGGGCCAAUGGCGAGUGCGAAAGCGGGCAGCCCAGGCCCGGAGCGCUGAGGGAGCGGAGGGAGGGGGGAGGCUGAACCGGAGAGAAGCAGGAAGUAGCGGCGGCCGUCGGGAGGGCGGCGGCGGCCGUGGCGGCUGGAGCCGGGUAGAGACCGCCGGGUCUCGGCCCGCACGAGGAGCGGAACAGGUCUGGGACCUGCCGCUAUGGGGGACAUGAAGACCCCUGAUUUCGAUGACCUCCUUGCUGCCUUUGACAUCCCUGACCUUGAUGCGAAUGAAGCCAUCCACUCUGGGCCAGAAGAAAGUGAGGGGCCAGGAGGCCCAGGGAAGCCAGAACCCAGUGUGGGGAGUGAAUCUGGAGACACAGAAGCAGCCUCUGCUGGGGAUGACCCUGGGGUUCCAGCCCAGGCUUCUGACCAUGGCCUGCCACAGCCAGACAUUUCCAUAGUCAGCGUCAUAGUCAAGAACACUGUGUGUCCUGAGCAGUCUGAGGCCCUGGCUGAGGGUUCAGAAGGGGACGGGGCCCAGGCUGUGGGGUUGACUAAGGAAGGGUCUGUGGAGCCUCAUCCAAUGCAAAAUGGUUUUGGGGGCCCUGAGCCAUCCCUCCCAGGAAACCCUCACUCUCCAGCUCCUCUCAUUGAGGGUACCUGGAAAGAAAAAGCCAUGGAAGGCAAAGCUCCCUUGGACCUCUUUGUGAAUUUUGGGCCCGAGCCAGCGGAGCACCCAGAUCCCCUACCUCCAUCUGCACCGUCCCCUCCUCAGGAAGGGGCCGUGACCCCCCCUCCUUUCCCCUCUCCCUUUGAGCUGGCCCCGGAGAAUGGCCCAGGCCUGCUGUCAUCUGGUUCUUCCCCACCACUGGGGGCCUUGAAACAGGGCAGCUGCAGCCCCCCUCAGCCCCAGGGUGUAGCCCAGGGAGCCUCAGGCUCUAGCCCCGAAGCCGCGAACAUCCCUGCCAGCGCCUCGCCUCCCCAGGUUGCUGGAGUGCCCUUCUUCAAGCAGUCUCCAGAGCAUGAGAGCCCUCCUGCCUCCCCCAAAGUACCUAGCUGUAGGCCCCUGAAGGAAGAAGAUGAUGAGGGGCCGGUGGACAAGUCUCCCCGGGGAAGUCCCCAUAGUCCUUCUAGUGGAGCUGAGGCUGCAGAUGAGGACAGCAAUGACUCCCCUGCCUCCUCCAGCUCCUCUAGGCCUCUUAAAGUGCGGAUCAAGACCAUUAAGACAUCCUGCGGGAGUAUCACAAGGACUGUAACCCGGGUCCCCUCAGACCCUGAUCCCCCUGUCCCCGUGGUUGAGGGGGCCUUCCUGGCUGAGGCUAGCCUCCUGAAGCUGUCCCCUGCAACACCAGCCCCUGAGGGUCCAAAGGUGGUGAGCGUACAGUUGGGUGAUGGUACGAGGCUGAAGGGCACCGUGCUCCCUGUGGCCACCAUCCAGAAUGCCAGUACUGCCAUGCUGAUGGCAGCCAGCGUGGCUCGCAAAGCUGUGGUUCUGCCUGGGGGGACCGCCACCAGUCCUAAGACGAUUGCUAAGAAUGUGCUGAGCCUGGUACCCCAAGCCCUGUCCAAGGUUGAGGCGCGGGCAGGGCUGGGGACAGGGGGGCAGAAGGUGAAUGGUGCCUCAGUGGUGAUGGUGCAGCCUUCAAAGACGGCCACUGGGCCAGGUUCCGGGGCUGGCACAGUGAUCUCACGGACCCAGUCCAGCCUGGUGGAGGCCUUCAACAAGGUCCUCAACAGCAAGAGCCUGCUGCCUGCCUACAGGCCAAACCUGAGCCCACCGGCAGAGGCUGGUUUGGCCCUGCCUCCGACGGGCUACCGCUGCCUUGAGUGUGGGGACGCCUUCUCACUGGAGAAGAGUCUGGCACGGCACUAUGACCGCCGGAGCAUGCGCAUCGAGGUCACCUGCAACCACUGUGCCCGCCGCCUGGUCUUCUUUAACAAGUGCAGUCUGCUCCUGCAUGCCCGCGAGCACAAGGACAAGGGCCUCAUCAUGCAGUGCUCGCAUUUGGUCAUGAGGCCUGUGGCCCUUGACCAGAUGGUGGGGCAGCCGGACAUCACGCCCCUGCUACCUGUGGCUGUCCCACCUGUCCCUGGACCUCUGGUCUUGCCUGCCUUAGGCAAGGGUGAGGGGGCCAUCACCUCCUCUACCAUUAUAACAAUUGCUGCUGAGGCCCCUAUUCUGCCGCUCUCAGCAGAGCCUCCUGUUGCCCCUGCCACCUCUGCUUACACGUGCUUUCGCUGCCUGGAGUGCAAGGAGCAGUGCCGGGACAAGGCUGGCAUGGCAGCCCACUUCCAGCAGCUCGGACCUCCUGCCCCUGGGACCACUAGCACUGGUCUUCUGUCUCCUGGCACCUGCCUUUCAGAGGGCCUCUUGGGGAGCUCUCCCAUCUCUCCUGCUGCAUCCCUCAGCCCUGUCGUGUUGGCAGACUCAGCCCUGAGGUGCCCCAGCUGUGCAGUGGUGUUUGGGGGUAUGAAUUCUGUCAAGUCCCACAUCCAGGCGUCGCACUGCGAGGUUUUCCACAAGUGCCCCAUCUGCCCCAUGGCCUUCAAGUCUGCACCCAGCGCCCAUGCCCACCUCUACAGCCAGCAUCCUAGCUUCCUCACGCAGCAGGCCAAGAUGAUCUACAAGUGCGGCAUGUGUGAUACGGUCUACACUCACAAACCCCUCCUCACCUCACACUUUGACCAGCACGUGCUGCCCCAGCGUGUCAGUGUCUUUAAGUGCCCAUCUUGUCCUCUGCUCUUUGCCCAAAAAAGGACCAUGCUGGAACAUCUCAAGAACACCCAUCAGUCUGGGCAUGUGGGGGAGGAGCCUGCUGGGAAAGGAGCCGGGGGUGCCCUUCUGACCCCCAAGACUGAGCCCGAGGAGCUGGCUGUGUCUCAGGGGGGGGCAGCCCCUGCUACUGAGGAAUCAUCUUCAUCUUCAGAAGAGGAGGAACUACCCAGCUCCCCUGAGCGUCCCCGCCCAACCAAACGGCCCCGGCGGGAAGUAGGGAGCAAAGGCAUCAAGGGUGGGGGGGGUGGCAGUGGCGGCAGCGGUGGCGGUGGUGGCGAUGGUGGUGGCAGUGGUGGCGGCAGCGGCAGCAGCAGCGGCUGGACCUGUGGCCUUUGUCACUCCUGGUUCCCUGAGCGUGAUGAGUAUGUGGCUCACAUGAAGAAGGAACAUGGCAAGUCAGUGAAGAAGUUUCCCUGUCGCCUGUGUGAGCGCUCCUUCUGCUCUGCCCCCAGCCUGAGGCGCCACGUCAGAGUCAAUCACGAGGGAAUCAAGCGAGUUUACCCAUGCAGGUAUUGCACAGAGGGAAAGCGCACCUUCAGCAGCCGCCUGAUCCUGGAGAAACAUGUCCAGGUCCGGCAUGGCUUGCAGCUUGGGCCCCAGUCCCCUGGCCGGGGGAAUGCCCUGGCUCGCGGUCCCGGUGCCAGAGCCCAGGGGACAGGUCGGAAACGCCGCCAGUCUUCUGACUCUUGCAGUGAGGAGCCUGACAGCACAACACCGCCAGCCAAGUCCCCCAGAGGAGGACCCGGGUUGGGAGGCCAUGGCCCCCUGCGCUACCGAAGCGGUGGACCGGUGGAACAGAGCCUUGCCAUCGGGUUGCGGGUGGGUGGUGGUGCCCAGCAGUGCCUCGACUGUGGCUUGUGCUUUGCCUCCCCUGGCUCCCUGAGCCGGCACCGUUUCAUCAGCCACAAGAAGAGACGGGGUGUGGGUAGAGCCAGUGCCCUGGGGCUGGGCGAUGGGGAGGAAGAGGCCCCCCCUCUGUCAAGGUCUGACCCAGAUGGUGGAGAUUCACCCUUGCCUGCUUCUGCAGGCCCUCUGACCUGUAAGGUCUGUGGCAAGAGCUGCGACAGCCCUCUCAACCUCAAGACCCAUUUCCGCACGCAUGGCAUGGCGUUCAUCAGGGCUCGGCAAGGGGGCAGUGGGGACAACUAGGCCUCAAGCCUGGGACUCACCAGCCCCCCUCUUUCCCAGGAGCCCAGUUUUCCCUGCUGCUGCCUGGUCCCCGGGCUGGGAAGUUUCAUUAACAUUCAUAUUUUGUUCAAAUCCUCUCCCCAACCCCGAAGAAAAAGCUUUUGAGGAUUAUAUUAAUAGUUAUUUGCAGCCUCCCUUUGGGUUAGGCCCUCGGGCCCUAGUAGAGUGGGUCUCCAUUUCUCCUUUCUGAGCCCAACACUAAUUAUGCUCCUGCUGCAGAACCCCCAGUAUGGGACUGGGGGUGGGAGGGUGGGACUUUCAUAUGCCUGCCAGACAGGCACAGGGAAGGACUGAUGGGAGGCUCAUGGACACCCCUCCACAAUUCCUUCAGGCACAGACUGGCAUUUUCCUACUCUGGGCCGGGCCCUGCCAUAACACCCCCCACCCCUAAGUCCCUGGCACUCAAGCCCCCCACCCCUGCAGUGCCUUUCACUUUUUUUUUUUCCCCCCAGAAAUUCAGGGGCUGGGUUAGUGGGGGUGAGUCCUGUCAAGGGGGGGCCCAGGGAGAGGAGGGGACAGGCUCUCAGGAAUCCUUUAUUCUUGUAGUAAUAAUACUAACAGUGGGGAAAUAGGAGGGAGAAAACCAGACCAUUAAAACUGCUCGUGGUUUAACCCCUAUUCAGGCCUCUCUUUUUAUGUGACUUAGACCACGUGGACUUGGGAGGGAGCAAGAGUCAAAACUUCUCGGGGAAGAAGCAGUGUUGACCAAGACAGGCAGGGGAAAGGCAGUCUGCCGCCUCCCCUUUCUGUGUGCUGCUUUCUGUAUCUUGGACACUGAGGUGUCUGUUUACUCAUCACCCAUCCCCUCCCUUCCCCCACCGCCAGGAAAACCAAUUUGGAAAUGACACAGAUGGCUAACUAAGGACUUUAUUUCAAACAAAAAUUAAAAAUAAAAAAUUGAGAGCUA